CUAUAUGCAAAAGAAGACAUGAGAGAUGCAGCGCAUGGCAUAAAGUACUUGCACGAUAAUGGAGUGUUACAUCGCGACAUCAAACCGGACAAUAUCCUCAUCUUUUCGUUUGAAGACAACAUCGUCGCAAAUAGCAAAUUGACUGAUUUUGGUAGUUCGAGAAACAUCAAUUUGAUGUUAACUAAUAUGACAUUCACAAGUGGUAUAGGCACACCAGUGUAUAUGGCACCAGAAGUGAUGUUCAGAAAACAUUACAAGAAGCCUGCAGACAUUUAUUCGUUUGGAAUAACACUCUUGGAAUGCUUCAAAUGGAAAGAGGCGUAUGGUGGUGAGAAUUUUCGAUACCCAUGGGGUAUCGUCGACUUCAUUACAAAGGGAAAACGACUCGAAAAACCCGAGAACGUGACAGAGAAAGUAUUUGAACUUAUUAAAAAGUGUUGGUGUGAAGAGCCAAAAGAUCGAAUCAGUAUCGAUGAAAUACUCGAUGAAUUCGAGAACAUGUAA